GCUAUAUGCGAUUAUAUCUGAUUAUAGCCACCCUAUUCGCCCCGUUGUAUACCUCCGCCAUCUCCGACUUCGACGACAACGAGAAGAAUAUUCUCCGCUGCAGUUUAUCUCCAUUAUCAACUUUUCUCCUGAAUUAAGAGAUUAUCUCAUAAGAAAUGGCUUAUAACUUCCCCGGCGUACCGGCAACCGCUAUGCCACCCAUGGGUAUGGGACCAAUAGGUCCACUGGGCCCUAUGGCGGGGCCACAAAGCUUUAUAGAGCUUGCGGGUCAAGGAUUCCCACCGCUGCCACCACCACCCAUACCACUGCCUGGAAUGAAUGACUCGCCUCUGGAGUUCAGCACAAAUAAGAAUCAACCGCCAAUAGUACGAGAAACUUCAGAUGAUAGUAGUGAUAGAAGAAGUGAUAAGAAUGAUAAUAGGAGAGAUCGGGAGAAUAGGGAUAAUCGUGAUACACGAGAUAAUAAUAGAAGGUCAAGGAGCGAACGCAGUGAUAGACGCGACAGAGAUCGGGAAAGGAGGGAGGAGAGAAACGAACGAGACAGAAGGGACGAUCGACGAGUCGAAGAGAGAAAUAGCACGAGUUCUUCUAAGAAUAAUAAUAAUCACUCUAACAACUCGAGCAACAACGAAAUUUUAUCGUCGACGAAUACGAAUAAUACACCAAAUAUCGGCACGCAAAUGGAAUCCGCUGGCGUCUGGGGAAUGGGAGUGGGUUAUCCCAUGAUGGGCAUGGGACCCAUGGGACCGAUGGCACCCAUGAUGGGCGAGAUGACACUGGGUCCACACAUGAGUCACACGCAUGGUUACAAUCCGAUGAGUAUGAGCAUGUUGUCGCAUGAUGGCAGUAUGAUAGGCGCUCAGAUACUCGGUGCCGAACAAAUCAUGACGGACGCAGCACAAAUAAUGACCGCAAGUUUGCCACCGCCACCCACGACGCCUCAAGGUACCAAAGAGAUCGUACAUUGUAAGAGUUGCGUGUUAUUCCCACCGAAUCCGAACGCUCCACCACCCACCACGCGCGAAAGACCACCGGGAUGUAGAACAAUUUUUGUUGGAGGUUUACCCGAAAACAUUACCGAAACUAUAAUACAGGAGAUAUUCGAACGAUGUGGGGAAAUAACUACCUUGCGUCUUUCUAAGAAGAAUUUCUGUCACAUACGUUUCGUCUUGGAAGCCAGUGUCGAUGCAGCGAUUUAUUUAUCUGGCUAUAGAGUAAGAAUAGGAUCUAGUGGGGAACCUGCGAACACUGGUAGACUUCAUGUAGAUUUUGCUCAGGCUAGAGAUGAUCAAUAUGAAUGGGAAUGCAGACAACGACAACUGCAAAGGGAACAACGUCAUAGAGAAAGAGUGGAAAAAGAGAGACAAAGACCGCCCUCGAGUCCACCUCCGGUGGUACAUUACACGGAUCAUGAAGCAUCCAAUAUCUGCGAAAAAAUUAAACAAGACGACACAUUUAUGAAAGCAGUACAAGUCGUCGUAACGUGGUUAGAACGAGGAGAUUGCACCAAGCGUAAUGCCAAUACUUUCUACUCGAUGAUACAAUCAACAAACUCUCAUGUGCGUCGGCUUUUGACAGAGAAAGCUGCGUAUGAGGAAGAGCUGCAAAAGGCCAAAGAGCUGAUGAAGGGAAGAAUGCAAGGACUUCUCAUACAAUUCAGUCAGAUCGAACGAGUCUUUACCGCGGCCAGCCACAAGAAGGUCUGGGAUCACUUCACUAAGGCGCAGCGGAAGAACAUCGAGAUGUGGAAGAAGCAAUCCUCGGAAAUAAAAGCGGUGCAACUGGAAGAUAGUCUAAUUGAAGGCGAGGGAGAAAUGGACGUGUCCGAUUCGGAGGAGCCGCAACGUAAGAAGACACGCAAUCAAUCAGACGGCAACGACGACAUCGAGAGACUGCAAAGUCUCAAAGAGGAGAACGACAGUCUGAGAUGUCAGCUGGAAGCGUACAAAAAUGAAGUGGAUCUCUUGAAGUCGGAAACGAAAGCAGAGUUAGAGGCGAAGGAAAAGCAAAUGAAGAUGCUGCAACAAACCCUGAAGGGUAUGCAGGAGCAACUGAUGCAGUCACGCAAGCAACAGGCGCAGGACGAUCAGAAGAUCAAGGAUUUGACGGUCAAGCUAAAUGCUACGAAAAAAGAGGAACCCAGAGAAAGCGAAAUCAUCACUCUCGACAAAGAUGAUGAUAUAAGCGAGGAACCACGAACACCGAAGCAGCACAUUCUUGCCUCCAGUUUUAUUCAAGUCACUCAAAAGGAUGCUAAGCUCAUCGGACUCAUAGCGACGUUUCUACAUAUCCAUCCGUUUGGUGCAAGCGUGGAUUAUCUAUGGUCUUAUCUGCAAAAAAUGGAGCCUGGCAUUAAGCCUAACGAAGUCGAAGUUUUAAUGCAGCGUUUUCCACAGGUCUUUAAACAGGAAUUGUUCGGCAUUGGUGCGAAUAUGGAAAGACGAUGGCAAUUUUCAGGUUUUAACGUUUAUCGUGCUCAUUGAUGGAAUCUAGACGAUUAAAUGUAUAAAAAUUGCGAAAGUAAUAUUCGUCUCGUUGUUCCUUUCUUAUCAUUAAUAUAUCUGCAAUCCGCGCGAGUGCAAUUGAGAUUUUAAGGUGAUAAAUGUGUAUUAAAAUAACGAACAGAAUGCGUUGCCGUGAAUUAAUAAAGUAUCUUUAUCAAUUCUUAA